AUGGCUAGAGGAAAAACUACCCUGCCAUUUCGUUUCUUCAAGAUCAUCCUCCAAACAAAUCUUCAAAGGAUUAAAAUACCAAAUGAGUUUACAAGGAGACAUGGAGUUGGUCUGUCAAAUCCAGUGUUGAUCAAGCCUCCUGAUGGAACUAAAUGGAAAGUUUAUUGGAAAAAAAUCAAUGGUGAGAUUUGGUUCGAAAAGGGUUGGAAAACUUUUACUGAAAAUUACUCUCUUGGACAUGGGUUUUUGGUGUUGUUUAAUUAUGAAGAAGGAACUUCUAAGUUCCUUGUACACAUACUUGGCAAGAAUGCAGUAGAAAUAGACUAUGAUGAAAAUGUUGAUCAUAGUGAUGAUGAAUCAUGUCAAAUUUUGGAUGAAUGGCCAAAUCAAAAGACUGGAAGGAGGCCACCAUUAGAUUCCCCUCGACCACGUAAGAAAGUUAGAGGUGAGAUUAAGAAGACUACUGAAAGAACUACAUCAUUGAAUUGGCCUAUGGGAGCUAGAGCUCGAGAAGUAGCUGCAAAAUUCAUCUCAAGCAAUCCUUUUUUCACAAUUCUCAUAAAGCCUAAUCAUCUGGUAGAAACUCGGCUGUGUGUACCAAAUUUAGAAGGGGUUAUUGAGAACAAAGAGAAGUAUGUGGUUCUGCAGAUUGGGAAAAGAUCAUGGAAUGUGAAAUUGCUCCGUUAUUACGAGGCUAAAAAUGGUCGCCACCUAUCAGCAGGUUGGUCCUUGUUUGCAAGUGAAAGUGGACUGCAAUCGGGAGAUGUUUGUGUCUUUGAACUGACAAACAAGCAAGAUUUAGUUUUUAAAAUUCAUGUUUUAUAA